AUGCGCAGUCUUGAACUCCUAGCGCACGAAUCAGCUCGGAUCGCAGGCAUCGAUGCCGGAUCGCGUUCUUUUCUAACAAGUGAUCCCGAAAACGGUGUUGUCUACGCUGCGUUCGAAGAUAAUUCCUCGUGUAUUCGGAUCGCAGUUAACGGGAUCGCACCCGACGAUCCGUCAGCAUUUGUGGAACUGGCACGAAUCCCGGUUGAAAAGCAAGAUAACUCUAAUGUUUCAAGCAUUGUCGGCUUUACUUUCUUGUCAGAUCAACAAGUAGCUUGUCUGGCUGCGCGAAAUGGUGACAUUAUGCUUAUCAGUAAAGAACGCUUUGACAGUGGCGACGAAGCUGUUGAAAUUGUCGGUUCCGUCGAUACUGGUAUUUGUGCCAUGGCAUGGAGUCCUGAUCAAGAUCUAGUUGUCUUGGUGACAGGAGCAAAAAACGUAUUGGAAAUGACACAAGAUUUUGAUACGAUCACCGAGUUUGCGUUACAGGUUGAAGAGGAAGGAGAAGGUGUUCAGCAUAGCGUCGGAUGGGGCAAAAAGGAAACGCAAUUCCACGGAUCAGUAGGGAAACAAGCAGCACUCAACAAAAUCGACUCAUCCAAAUUUACUGUAUCCGAAGACGACGAUCAUAAUGCACGUAUUGCAUGGAGAGGCGAUGGCAGCUACUUUGCCUGUUCAGACAUUGAUCCUCGAAAAUCUGCUCGUGUGGUGCGUAUUUAUAAUCGUGAGGGUAUUUUGCAGAAUACAAGCGAGCCUGUGGAUCGCUUAGAACAUGUGCUUGAUUGGAGACCAUCAGGAAACCUUAUUGUAUCUAGUCAGCGACUUCCUCAUCGUCACGACAUCGUAUUCAUCGAACGAAAUGGUCUUCGACAUGGCGAGUUUACACUUCGUGAAAAGACCAACCAUAAGCUUCUGGAACUUUUAUGGAAUGCUGACUCGACAGUUCUUGCAGUUUGGCUGGAAGCUGAAAACCCAGUAACUGGAAAACCUCAGAAAUCAGUGCAACUUUGGACGUCAAACAAUUAUUAUUGGUACAUGAAACAGCAUAUUGUGUGUGCGGAUGGAAGUGAUGUUCUGGGUUUCCAUUGGGAUGUUGAAACACCUUUAUGUGCCCAUAUUAUGACCAGCUCUGGUCAUUAUCAUCGAUAUGCUUUUGCUUGGGAUGUACUUGCAAGCACUUCUAUUGCUGAAAAUAAUGCAGGAUAUGUUGCUGUGAUUGAUGGAGCUUCGGUUCUUUUGACGCCAUUUUCGUAUCAAAACGUGCCUCCACCAAUGUGCGCACUAACCAUCACAGCAAACAGUAACGUGCAACAAGUUGCUUUUGGUCCAGAGAGCUCAGGAACCCAGUUGGCUGUCGUAACAAACGAGGCCAUUCAACUGUUUGAAGUUCCGGCCAAUGCCAGAGGCGAACCUAAGCAAAUUGGAACUUUUGCUCUACCAAAAUCAUCCGAAGAAUCAACCUCACAUGCCGCUAUUCGUCAUUUGUGCUGGUUUGCCGAGAACAAAGCUGCGUACGUUCAAUAUGAUGAACAAGAAGAGGCAGAUAUGUUGUUCCUGGUCAAGUUCUCGGAGGCUGCUGAAGGAAAGUUGGAUGUGUUGAGCACUACACCUCUGGGUAAACGGGUCGGCAGACUCUACUACAACAUGAGUUUCAAUGAUUUGAUUGUGGAGACUAUGGAUGGAUCAGUACGCAAAGUCAACGCUACUGAUGAUAGUAAUAUCGAGCUAUCGGAGCUUGUCAAAUUCCCCAGCUUCUGCCCAUGGAUCGCCACAACUCGCCUUGAUCAAAAAUCGGAUAACCCAGAGGAUAAGCUUGCGGUAAUUGGUCUUACUGAACGUGGUAAACUGUAUGCCGGUGAUCGACUUCUUUCUGGAGAAUGUACAUCAUUCUUUUUGCGUAACGACUGGUUGGCACUUUCGACAACUAGCCAUACCGCACGCUUUUUACCUUUGGAUGUCAAGUUUGAUGACUUUAAACUCUCUGAUAACGCUCCUGACUCCCAUGACGAAUCAUACCGACGCGUUGAACGAGGUGCUAAAAUUGUGCUGGCAACGCAAGCUAAACCCUCUCUUGUUCUUCAGAUGCCUCGCGGUAACCUGGAAACAGUGAACCCACGAGCCUUUGUUUUAGCACAAAUCCGCGAAGACUUGAAAAACUUGAACUAUCGCUCUGCAUUCAUUAUAUGUCGCAAGAACCGUAUCGAUCUGAACGUGUUAUGUGACGAGAACCCAGAGUCGUUCUAUGAAAACAUUCCUCGGUUCAUUGAGCAGAUUCCUGAAGUUGAUCACCUCAAUCUGUUUCUGUCUAACUUGAAGAACAUCGAUACGACAAAAACUUUGUAUCGUCACGGUGGCUCAGAUAAACAAGAAAACAAAGAGAGUGCAAGUGUUGAAGAUAAGGUCAAUAAGAUUUGCAAGGCUUUCCGUGACGUAUUGAUGGAGAAGGGACGGGAUCGAUAUAUCCAAUCCAUCCUUUCGACCUACGUUAAAAGCAGUCCACCAGAAUUGGAAUCUGCACUGCAGCUUUUGGCUGAUAUCAAAGUACAAAACGCCAAUGAAGCAGAAGAAGCUCUCAAAUACACCAUUUUCUUAUGCGACGCCGAUAGUCUAUACGACGUGGCACUGGGCAUGUACAACUUUUCACUCGUCCUGAUGGUGGCUCAACAAGCACAAAAGGAUCCAAGAGAAUACUUGCCCUUCUUGCAAGAGUUACAAAAACUUGAAAAGUUCUAUCAACGCUUCCGUAUCGACGAUCACUUGAAAAGAUAUGCAUCCGCCUUAAAGAACCUCAGCAAAGCAGGUGAUGAGCAUUUUGACGAGCUUGUCAACUAUACGCGUAAGCACGUACUCUAUCUGGUCGCACUCGAAGAAUAUGCAAACCAUCCACAACAAAAGAAAAUUAUCCUCGAUGUCUAUGGUGACUACCUUGUUGAUAACAAUGCACACGGUGAAGCCGGCAUAGUUUAUCUAUUGUGCGAUCAAACCAGCAAGGCAUUGAAUGCAUAUCGUUUAGGAGGUGCUUGGCGAGAAGUCUUCUCGUUGGCCAAGCAACUGCAGUAUUCUGCUGAGGAUAUACAAGGGCUGGCAUAUGAUGUGCUUGGUAAUCUCAAGGAAAAGAGCCGUUAUCAGGAAGCUGCUGUCGUUGCUGUGGAUUAUGGCAAGGAUAUUGAAGAAGCUGUGGAUUGUUUACUGAAGGGUAGCCACUGGCAAGAAGCUGCUCGUGUGAGCCGAACGCACGAACGAUCUGAUCUUAUCGAGACACACGUCAAUCCCGGAUUGUAUGAAGGUUACACUCAGGCCGAAGAAGAACUAGACAACAUGACCAGUCAGUUCAACAAACAAAAGAAUCGAUUGAAAGAGUUGCGUGAGACUAAACUCGACCCAGAUGCAAAUCUACCUCACGACGAGACGCUCGAUAACAUUGAUAUGUUCUCGGACACCACAUCCAUGUACAGCCAAUUUACACGAUACACACAAGCAACCUCUCGAGUUUCCACAGUCUCCUCUGUCUCAUCUAAAUCCAGCCGAAAAACCUCGAAACUUCGACGAAGGGAGCAGCGCAAACGCGAGAAAGGAAAAAAGGGUACAAUUUACGAAGAAGAGUAUCUGGUUACUUCAUUGCGCAAGUUAUGUGAACGUGCCAGCAAUAUGCAAAAUGAUAUGCAUGAUCUUUUACGAGCGCUGAUUCCUUUCGGCUAUAUGGAAGAGGCGCGGAUCCUGCAGACCAAGUUUGCGCAAUUCCUUGUUGAUAUCAAGGCAGCAAUGGACGGCAUUUUUAUUCCGUUGCAGUUGGCUCCUGGAAGGUACGCUUCCCAGGAAGAAUUGGAUGCGACAAAACAGCCUGUUGAUGUAGAGAAGCCAAAGGUGGCUGAUGUAGACUGGUCACUUCAGCUUUUGGGUUAA